AUGCUUCCUCUCUUCAUCAAGAUGCUUCCUCUCUUCUUCAAAGUACUUCCUCUCUUCAUCAAGGUGCUUCCUGUCUUCAUCAAGAUGCUUCCUCUCUUCAACAAUGUACUUCCUCUCUUGAUCAAGAUGCUUCCUCACUCCAUCAUACAGCUUCCUCUCUUGAUCAAGAUGCUUCCUGUCUUGAUCAAGAUGCUUCCUCUCUUGAUCAAGAUGCUUCCUCUCUUGAUCAAAGUACUUCCUCUCUUCAUCAAGAUGCUUCCUCUCUUCAACAAAGUGAUUCCUCUCUUCAUCAAGGUGCUUCCUCUCUUCAACAAAGUGCUUCCUCUCUUCAUCAUGCAGCUUCCUCUCUAA